AAUAAUUACUAAUAAUUCCAAUAAAUAGUUACUUUGACACUUCCUGGAUCCAACUGAACCCAUUAAAAUAAAUUCUUUUGGUUCUCUGGAGUGACCCAUAAUCCCUGAUUAUUUAUUCACAUUUGUAGAUGAAAGUUAUGCCUAAAGGAACAGUUGGGAGUGAAGGCAGAUGGAAAAGUAGCUCAUUGCUCCUUCUGACAACGUUGCAGGAAAAUUGAGCCAGUCUGUCUCUGGUCUCCACUGAUGCAUUUUUUAAUGGCUCUGUCAGGAUUUCUGUGGGAGUCAUGUGCUGGUGUUUACACUGGAUUUGGUGAAUGAAUUUAUUUGGCAGAAAUAGAUAUUCCUAUUUCCUGAAAAUAUUUGGUGGGUGUUUUUGUUAUUGCAAGCAUAAAGGACAGAAGGUGAAGGUUUGAAUACUCAGUAUUUUGUGGUUUGUGCUGCUUACUGAGAGUAAUGAACAGAGAAGUUUAGACAGUAAAAUUGGUGUGUCUGGUCAAGAAAACAGGAAUUCUGGUGAACUGAAGGAAAUGUAGAUUAUUCUUUUUAUUUUUCUGUUUUGAAAUAACUAAGUAAAGAAAUAAAUCUCCUGGUUCCUUUUGUUCUCUCUGCUUUCCUGCCUUCCUUAAUGUCACAUCCAUAGGGAGGUGUCGGUGUUGCCACACACAGACUGUUCACCAAAAGACAUCUCCUUUUUGGGUCAGAGAAAUGUGAUCUGGUUGAUAGAUCCCUCUGUGAAUGUCACAGAAUUUUAUUUGAUUGUUUUUACUGAACUUGAUAAUUUCUCUGGUGAUAUUAAGUAAGAUUUCUUCAAGUCCACCAUUUUUUUUGGUCUUCCGUGAGCUCAUUUCUCUCAAGGUUUGUUCAUGGAUCUGCUUAGGCCUUUCUAAAGUAUCAUAACAACACAAUUAUUUCUGAGUGCUUAUAAAAGAGACUUGAGGAGGUUUAUUCUUAUGGGGUUGGAAGCAAAGGAGGAUGAAGAGAAGAAAGAAAACUCUACUUUGAUAACUGUGAGAGAAGUCCCCAGGGACAACCUGGCAUGAUACAGAUUUCCUUUUUUUUUUUCAUUCUGCUUAAGACCUUCUUAAAGAUUCAUUAAUUCAAGGAAGCAGUGACCUUGAAGACUGAAGCAAAACAACUUUUAACUCUUUUCUUCAUCACUCAAAAAUGUGUGGAGACAGUGCUUUAUUUUAUUCGGGUGGCGGAACAAGCCUCUUUGGAGGUUUCUUCUUGGUGUCAGUUUGCAGCCCUAGUUAGUUGGGGGCGCAGCAUUGCAGGCUGUAUGUACCGAGUCAUUCAGACAACGGGACCAGAUGGAAAAAACCUUCUGAAAUUGCUUCCCAUUUCUAAAACUUCUGGAAGCUUUGUGCCAGUAGUUCAGUCUCCAGCCAUGCCAAAUAAUUCUAACGCAAAUGUUUCUAGCCCAGUCCAUCUUACUUUUAAGACACAGAUUGGCAAUACUGCUGCACCUUCAUCUGUUAAGAUACCGAUUUUUCAGCCUCCUAAUCCUGGAAAGAUUAUUCUUACGAGGACAUUAGACAAGCAGGAAAGUGCUAGGGCAGGUUCUGAAAAGGAAAGCUUGAUUCCAAGUGCAGCUGCCAAUGCCCAGAGCAGCUGUGUGCCCAUGGAUGGAGUGUCGUUGCAGAACGUGGCUAUCACGAGCUCCUCUCACCAGAGCAGCACAACCUACAUGGUGGUGAACACCAAACCCCUCCCAGUGACUGUCAAGUCUCCAGUGCUGCCCUCCGGACACCACCUCCAGAUUCCAGCUGAUGCAGAAGUGAAAUCUGUCCCAGCGUCUCUUUUGCCAUCUGCAAUACAGCAAAAAAUCCUGGCAGCUGCAGCCACCAAUGUGUCUGGAGGUGCCGACAGUACAAAAACGCCAACGGUGAUUUACGUGUCACCUGUAAACACAGUGAAAACCACUCAAGUCCUGCCCAAGCGCUUGCAGAGCUUUUGCCCCAAACCUGCCACAGAAGUUUCAAAGACACUGAUAGUGACAGCUGCCCAAAAGGGAUCUGGUUCUUCUCCCGAGCCAGUCACAUCCGAGGGGCAGCAGUGCCAGCAAACUCCCAUGAAAUGGAUUGUGCAAGAAACUGCCCCACUCUCAGCAGCUUGUCUUAUCCCUGUAAAGUCUUCGAAUAAUGUGGCUUCCAAGAUCCUGAAAACUUUGUCAGACACGAAGAAUGUGGAAGUUAACCCUGCAAAUAUUUUGCCACUCUGUUCUAAUGGUCCUGGUGGAAGCCAAACCAAAAUCACACGUUUAAAAGAUAAUGCUCUGGUCAUGUACAAUGGGAAAGUCUAUUUAUUGACCAAAAGAGGCUCUGAUGUUCUCUCAUCCCAGGCUGACAAACAGACAUCUUCCUCUUCUGAUGCUUUACUUAAAAAGGAGACACCCAAGCAAACUGAUUCUGCUGAAGUCAAUAAAAUAACCAGUAAAGUGGUGAACCUGGUGUUGUCAAAAAGCGAAGGAGUGGUGCUGUCUCAGAAAGACUCAAAACCAUGUACAGUUUCCAAAAAUUCAUCACCAAUUAGCUUAAGAAAUGAAUUAAAAUCCACACCUGCAGCUCUGGUGACACCAAGUGCUAAUCAGGAGGAUCCCACUGUAAUCCAGAGACAGAGUUUGCCCUUCACCAAGAGUGUUUCUUGCAGUGAAGUGAUCCCACUUCCAGCAGUAGGGAUGCAGGAAAGUGUGUGGCAAAAUGGCAAAGACAUGAGUCAUUCCCCAAGAGCAGCAGGGGCUGUAUUACCUCAGGCUAAGCAGGAAUGUGCUGCCAGUGAAGACUGGCUAAAGAUGCAAUAUGUAAAGAUGGAUUCACCAGGAAAGGUUAUUCAAAUCAAACACCAAGAGCACCCACACUGGAGACAAUACUUGGAAUUAAGGAAAAAAUUUGGUCUCUUUAAGGAGGAGAGAGUUUACCUUACGAGAGUGCCAUUGAGGGCCUUCUGUGAGAAUCCAGAAGAAAGGGUUUGUUCCAGUGACAGCUUGGAAAGGAAAAAUGAGUCUUGCAGUUCAUCCUCAUUGGAUAUGGAAGUAAUGAGUCAUCAUCAGGAAUGUGUUAAAGAAAAGAUAAUUGUGGAUCUGGAGGAGGAUUUGAUUAGGAAAAGGAAAAUAAAAUCCUCACCUUUGUCGGACAGUGGCAAGAAGAGGAGAACUUCAAUCAAAUCAGCCACAAGUCCCAGUUUAGAAAUCACCAGCUCAAGUUCCAGUGCACAUAACAGGAGUGUUUCACCUCCACCAGCCUCACCACAGCCAAGUGUUCCCACUGGCUUUGUUGGAGUGUCCCAAGAGAGGGACUUGGAGCAGGACACGUUCCCCUGGUACAGUGACACUACCCACCCAGGGAUUUCAGUUUUGGUGACUUCUGAAGAGGAUACUUCCAUUCUGGAAGGUUCUUUCCGAGAUGAUGCUUUCCCUGUGGCUCCCCCAGAGCUGGAGGAGACGAUACGGGCUGAAAGAAUCCAGCGACUGAAGCAGGCCCUGCGGCAGCAGAGCGCGGAGCUGGAGGAAAUGCGCCGACAACGGGAAAUGCAGCAGAGCUGAAACCCCUGCCCUGCGGAUCCCAGCCUCGUGCAUCACCUCUUCAGUGACUUCAAGAGGAAAUCUCUUACUUAAACGAAUAUUUCUGGUAGAUGAAAGAACUAUAUGAAGUUUAAGUAUGUGUGUAUUUAGAGAACUGUGGGUUUUUGUUAAAUGCCAGAAAUAAGAGACUUGACCACCAAAUUCUACUUCUAGGACAUGAUCCAAGAGCACAGACAAAGGGCAUUUUUACCAGCAUAUUCCCCAUAUUUUGAAUUUAGGGGGUUCUGUUUUAGUCUCAGCAAAUAAACUUUCCCCUUUUGAAUUCCAUGGCCUGGCUCUUAGAACCCCAAUGCAAAUUGCAAACCCUAGUUGUAGAUACUUUUUUGUUUGUUUUUCUCAUGUGCAUGAGAGCUUUGAUGAACUACUGAGAACUGUUAAUUUUCAGAAGAGGUCAACAGUCAGUGGUUAAUAAAUGCUAUUUAAAUAAUCUGGGAA